CGAGACCUCUGAAAACAGCGUGAUGCAACAGCGUGUGCAUUCAAGCACUUCUCACCACAAUCAUCGCCAAUUGAUCCUGUAAACAUCGUCGAACACCAUUUUCUCACAAGAAUUGACGUUUACUCUUCUAUUUGAUCAUCGAAAAGCAUGGCAACGGCGCGCUCACUUCGCGGGGGUUGCCACUGUGGACGGAAUCAAUAUGCCAUUGCAAUCCCCGAUGACGGCAUGGAGCACGCCCGAGUACACUUCAAUACCGAUUCCGAUCAUCGAGCAUCAUUAGCUACCCCGCUGGCGGCGUUUAUCCGCGUUCCCCUCACAUGGUACCAAAGCACGACCUACGCCUUUUUCCCCGAUGAGACGCACUCCUCUAUCCGAAGAGUAUACGAACACCUAAAUGGGGAGGAAAAUGAGCUACAAAGGGUCACAAAGAAACAUUUUUGCGGCUACUGCGGCACACCGCUGUCGUUUUGGUCUGAAGAACCGCCUUCCGAAGCCGACUUCAUCCACCUCACACUAGGCAGUCUUGACCAGGGCGACCUACAGGAUCUCGAAGACAUGGGUCUUAUUCCCGGAGAUUCGGAUGACGACACUCUAACGGGCGAUGAAACAAAAGACGAACCACAGGGAGGGACUGUAGAAACCAGUGCAGACUCCAAGCGAGAGACUAGCGCGCUGCGCCAAACAUUUGGGGUAUCUUGGCUCGACACAAUGAUGCGAAAUACGAAGUUGGGGAAGCUCCGCCAUAGCCAUGGAGGUCACACCUCAGACGAUGGCAAUGUUCAAGUUAGCUGGGAGGUGGUAGAGUUCACUGAUGGUGGCGAUCAGGAUACUGAUAUGGAAACACUCUCGACAGCCACGAAGCGCAAAUUAGACGACAGAUAUGAAUAGAGGGCAAAAGUUGGGUCACUGCUUUGGGAGAUAGACGUUUACGGUUAUUAUGUCGCUCUUGUAUUUUGUUUAGCUUAGGUGUUAACAUGGUUGCUUUUCUCUGCUCUGAGCCUGACAUUGUUGCUGACAGUAAUCAUUGAUUAUGGAUUAUGGCUCUCUGACGUCAAGCCAGUCGUAC